GACCGACGAGGCGGAUGCAAUUCCCCGGCUGCCCCUGUCUCCUCGGCGGGGCGGCUGUGCCCGGCCCGCAGCGCGCAGGCACCGAGAGCGGCGGCGGCAGCGGCGGCGGGAGCGGCCCGGCGGCGGGCGGCAGCGCGGCCCCGCUCCGCAGCGCGCUCUCCCCGCCGCGGCCCGGGCCCAGCCGCCGGGGCCCGGCCCAGCUCCGCGGGGCCAUGGCCGAGUGGGCGCCCGCCCAGGUGCAGGAGUGGAACGUGGAGGCCCAGCACCUGAUGCCGCUGCAGCCGCCGCUGCUGCCCGAGCGCGCGCACAUGCGGGAGGCCCAGCUGCACUCCGCCGAGGCCUCGCUCUGGACCGUCGUGGCCACGGUGCAGGCCAUGGAGAGGAAGAUCGACCUGCUCGCCACGCGCCUGCUCAGCCUGGAGGGCCGCUCCGGCACCGCCGAGAAGAAGCUCCUUGACUGCGAGAAGACCACGAUGGAGUUCGGCAACCAGCUGGAGAGCAAGUGGGCCGUGCUGGGCACCCUCAUCCAGGAGUACGGGCUGCUCCAGCGGCGCCUGGAGAACAUGGAGAACCUGCUGAAGAACAGGAACUUCUGGGUGCUGCGGCUGCCGCCGGGCCCCAAGGGCGAGGUGCCCAAGGUGCCGGUGACGUUUGUUGACAUUGCCGUCUACUUCUCCGCCGAGGAGUGGAAGAACUUGGAGGAGUGGCAGAAGGAGCUGUACAACAACCUGGUGAAGGAGAACUACGAGUCUUUGCUCUCCCUGGACGGUGCCCUCUCCAGAAGCGACCCGCCGCCCCGGAUCGAGCGCGGAGAGGUGCCCUGCAUCCCUGAGCCGCGGGACCUGGAGCAGAGAGAGCUGCCGGCGGCGGCGGACGCCUGCGCAGAGUCCCUGAUCUCCACCUCCGACAUCCUGUCGCGCAUCAAGCAGGAGGUGUCGUUCGUGGGGGAGCAGCAGUUCGCCGAGGAGCGGGGCAUCCCCGCGGACCCCUGCGCAGGAGCCGACGCGCUGAUCACGGCGCACGACUUCCUGUCGUGGAUCAAGCAGGAGGAAGAGCCGGGCGUCAGGGAGCCCUGGGAGCUGGCCGAGAGGGAGAUCCUGGCGGGGCCCGGUCCAGCGGGCGAGGGGCUGCUGGUGAAGACGGAGGAGCGGUGCCCACACGCCGAGGCCCCCGAGGAGACCGCCUUGCCAGGCAGCUCCGGGGAGCUGCUCUUCCCGGGCCCGGCCUUCGGCAGCCCCGAGGGACAGGCGGUGCCGCCGGUGCUCCCGGCGCCCCGCGGACUGGGCAAGCCGCCGGGCGCCGAGGCCGAGGGGCCGGGGAGCUGCGGGGCGGCGCCCGCCGCCGAGCGCCCGCACGGCUGCGCCGAGUGCGGCAAGAGCUUCAGCGGCAAGAAGAGCCUGCGGAUCCACCAGCGGAGCCACGCCGCCGAGCGCCCCUACCCCUGCGCCGAGUGCGGCAAGAGCUUCAACUGCCACUCGGGGCUGGUGCGGCACCAGAUGAUCCACCGCGGCGAGCGCCCCUACAAGUGCGCCGAGUGCGGCAAGUGCUACAGCCGCAAGGAGCACCUGCAGAACCACCAGCGGCUGCACACGGGCGAGCGGCCCUUCGCCUGCGCCGCCUGCGGCAAGAGCUUCAUCCGCAAGCAGAACCUGCUCAAGCACCAGCGCAUCCACACGGGCGAGCGGCCCUACCAGUGCGGCGCCUGCGGCCGCAGCUUCCGCUACAAGGAGUCGCUCAAGGACCACCAGCGGGUGCACGGCGCCGAGCCGGGGGGGCCGCCGCCGGGGCUGCCCCCCGGCCCCCCCGCCGCUGACUAGGGGCCACCGCCACCGCCGCCCCCCCGGCGGACUCGCAGCCCCGGGGCCCGGCCUCGCCGCGGGCACGCGCCGGCCGCCGGGCUUCGAACCGAACAGAGGCCGGGAGCCGGCCCGGCGCAGCCCCCCGGCGCCCCCCGCCCGCCGCCCCACUGCUUCUUUUUACUCCCGUCGCGCCCGCGCCGCCCCGCUCUGUGCAGUGCUUGGAGGUGUCGUUUUGUAUGGAAGAUGCAAUAAAGUCGUGCUGGGCUGCUG